AUGCUUAACUUAAUAAAGAAUUCAGGUCAUGGCAGUUUUAGCCUGGGUCCCAGCACUUUAGCGGUAUCUGACCCUGAAAACCUGUUUUUUGGCAGAAUACCGCCAUCCUUACUUCGAUCACAUUGGUUAAGAGGAGAGUAUCAGGCUUGUAAGCUGCCUAACCGACUUCUUGGGAAGUAUCUUCCUUACUUUCCGUCCGAAGUGCCAGCCCAUAGAGCUUUCACGCAAAUCAAUAGUGACUUACAUGCUGGAGCUGGUAUUCCCAUUAAGGGCUCAGCUGGUCUUGGUUUCACAAGCCCCAUAACGAACCAGGCCUCAGAGAUGCCCUACGUCCGUGUAAGUGUUCAGUCGAUUCGCUUUUCUCCAGACGGCUGCUGGCUGGCCGUAGGUCUGAAUGCGGUCUCAUCUUCCGCAGAUAUCACAAGCUCUCACCUCUCCUCUAGCCCUGCAGUUGCCUCAUUUGCCUCUACCACCACCUCCCCUCCUGACCGUGACGAGGAUAAUUCUCCCUUCAACAGACUAUCACCACCAAUUAGUUCAACCGCACAUGCCACAUCGCUUCGAGGCCAAAAGAUGGCGGAUCAACUGCAACAAAAAAUGCAACCAAAGGGAAACUCUCAAAAGCAUCUGGAAGAGAAUGAUGAACAUAAUCGGCGACUUCAGGGUCAGCCGACAGUGCCUGUUCCGAAAGCCCAGAGAGACAGGCUUGACUGCCCCGUAUUAAUUUAUCGGUAUCCCAUAGAUUCCAGCAUUUCCAGCAAGAAGCCAGUGCUCUAUCUGACUGGGCACACUCGUGUCGUCUACAACCUAGCCUGGUCUUUGUCGGCGACCCUUAAUUCAAGAGAAUCCGACUGUCUACAAGUCAACCAGAGGGUGCGGACGGUAGGGCUCAAGGAGACCAAGGUUUUAGCCUCAGCUUCGGCCGACGGGACGGCACGGAUCUGGUGGUUGAGGCGUCUGAGCGUCGGUGGCCCAGAGGACUUAGUCUCCUCUGACAAGGAGCUGGAGGAGGAAGAAGAACUGGGAUCGUGUGUAAGGAAGAAGCAAGCAACCCACGAAAAAGAUGAGAAUCUGAAAACUCUCGGUUUGUAUAAAUUUCCGAUUUUUUAA